AUGUCCACCGCCCCCAAGAAGCCUCCUUCUGGAGGCGUCGGGCGAGUAUCGAACGCGGAGACCGGCUCGUCCCCCAGCUCGUCACCGUCGCGCAGUAACUCAGCGCGCUCAACUUCGACACCUGCCAGUGGACACGCCCGCACACGAUCAGUUCGCACAGGCACGCCUGUGUCAGCUCGAGCAGCGAUCACGCGACGAGACACGGGCGGCAUGAGCGGCGCCGAUUCGGAAGCUCGCGCAGACGCCGCAGCCGCAGUCGAGGAUCUGCAGCAACGACUCGAGAAGGAAGAAAAGCAGUCUGAGCAACACAAGAAGCAAAUCGACGUGCUGCAAUCGAAGCUGGAGGACUCUACGAAAGAAUCGGCCAAGAUGGAGGAGAAGGUGCACGAACUCGAGGAGCACAUCGAAACGCUCAGCAACGAGAAGCGCGAGGCGACGCGCCAGAUCAGAGAGAUGGAAUCCAUCUACGAGUCGGAGAGGAGCUCCAUUCUCAAGGAGAAAGAGGAAAUGGCCAAUCGGGAAGAGGAGAUGCAAACUGUGAUACAGCGCCUAAAGGACAGCUUGGCGUCAAGAAACAACGGUGAAGACGAGGGCAGGCCUUCGCGCCAAGCGAAUCACUCACCGUCUCUUGAUGGCAACAGCUUCGCACCGCCGUCGUCUCUGCAGCGAAGUGACUCGCGCAACAGCUCGAAGCUCAUCCUCCAGAAAGACAAGCUCAUCGAGUCGCUUCGCCUCGAACUCGCCGAGGCCCAGAUCAAGCUCGUCGAAACGGAGAACCAAGGCGGUGGGCGGCUGCAGGAAGUCGAGCGCCUCCUGAUGGAGGCGCGUAUGGCGAAUGCGCGUCUGAUGGAGGACAACGAAAGCUAUCAGUUGCUUCUGCAGGAGCGUACACUCAAGGGCGACUUUGGUCAAACCGACUUUAGCUACAUGGGCGCCAACUCGAAUCAGGAUGCACUCGCUGCGCUCGAGGGCAAGACUGGCGGCUCCUCUCUAGCAGACGAACUCAGCGAAGUGGCCGAGGCUGACGGCGAAAGCGACAAGCCGCGCACUGAGUCGCGCCUCGAGAGCGAACUCAAGUCGAUGAAGGAGCAGAACAAGGCGCUGACGUUGUACAUUAACAAGAUCAUCGAGCGCCUUUUGCAGCACCAGGACUUUGAGUCGAUCCUCGACACUUCGACGGGAGAAAUCAAGCCAGCAGCAGAUACGAAUAAGGACCUUCCCGCGCCUCCUGAGGACAAAAGCCAGACCUUCCUGCAGAGAGCCAAGACCAUGGCUGUUGGGGGACCUGCAAAGGCCAAGCAACGUCCCAUGUCGAUGAUGCCUCCCAAAACGUCGACUGCCAACUCGGCGCAUACCGAUCCUGAAACGGCGCCCAGCAUUCCCAUCAACAACCUCACCCGAUCAACCAGCACGCGAAGAUCGCGACCACAGAGUGAACAGUACACGGGAGCGGCAAGCCUUGUGAGCCAGAUGUACAAGGGGCCAGAUGGCCCCAUUUCACCAUCUCUGAACAACCCCCGUCACUCGCAGUCCUUCUUCUCGCCAGCGUCCAUGUCCGGCAACAACCCCAACACAGCAGCUCGUUAUCCAUCGGGCAGCAACACGACCGCCUCGAGCGGAAACUUUCCGGGCAUGCGCAGUGAGACCUCGAGUGUCAGCGGAGAUUCCGGUGACCUGUCAACGCCGCCUUCGCAGUCGCCUCCGCGAUCUCAUAGCGACAAGGGGACGACAUUUUCCGGCGGCAAGCCUCGGCCACUGCGGCUUGUGCAAGAAAACCCUGACGUCGGCAAGAAUGACAAGCGGGCGAGCUGGAUUCCUGCGAGCUGGAGUUGGGCCAAGAAAGACAGCAAGGACGAGGCGACGGGCACGGGCAACCAGACUUCCGAGUAG